CGAGCCUACGCGAGGGAACCCAGGCACACUUCCGCCCUCCAGGCUCCGGAAGGCAGAGCGCACGCGUUAGCUGCGACUCCAGCGCGGCUUACUUCCGCUCCCACUGUGCCCUGCGAGCCGAAUCAUGGAUCACACUGACAAUGAGUUACAAGGCACAAAUAGUUCUGGAUCCUUGGGUGGUCUUGAUGUUCGCAGAAGAAUUCCUAUAAAACUAAUCUCCAAGCAAGCAAACAAAGCUAAACCUGUACCUCGAACUCCUCGGACUAUUAACAGGAUGCCUGCAAAGGCUCCACCAGGUGAUGAAGAAGGGUUUGAUUAUAAUGAAGAAGAACGGUAUGAUUGUAAAGGGAGUGAACUAUUUGGAAAUCAGCGAAGAUUUCCUGGACACCUUUUUUGGGAUUUUAAGAUAAACAUCUUAGGUGAAAAGGAUGAUACACCAGUUCAUUUCUGUGACAAGUGUGGAUUGCCUAUUAAAAUCUAUGGGAGAAUGAUUCCAUGCAAGCAUGUUUUUUGCUAUGACUGUGCUAUUUUACAUGAGAAAAAGGGAGAUAAGAUGUGCCCAGGCUGUAGUGAUCCUGUGCAGCGAAUUGAACAGUGUACACGAGGUUCUCUCUUCAUGUGUAGUAUUGUUCAAGGUUGCAAGAGAACAUACCUAUCUCAGAGAGACUUACAAGCUCAUAUCAACCAUCGUCAUAUGAGAGCUGGAAAGCCUGUUACCCGUGCUUCACUUGAAAAUGUUCAUCCUCCUAUUGCCCCGCCACCAACUGAAAUCCCUGAUCGUUUUAUAAUGCCACCAGACAAGCAUCAUAUGAGCCAUAUUCCUCCAAAGCAGCACAUCAUGAUGCCACCACCUCCUUUGCAGCAUGUGCCACACGAGCACUAUAAUCAACCACAUGAGGAUAUUCGUGCUCCUCCAACGGAGUUGUCCAUGGCUCCACCUCCACCUCGCUCAGUCAGUCAGGAAAGCUUUCGUAUUUCAACAAGAAAACACAGCAAUUUAAUAACUGUCCCUAUUCAGGAUGACUCAAAUUCAGGUGCUAGAGAACCACCACCUCCUGCCCCAGCACCUGCUCACCAUCAUCCUGAAUAUCAGGGUCAACCAGUGGUAUCGCACCCUCAUCAUAUUAUGCCUCCACAGCAACAUUAUGCACCACCCCCACCUCCUCCACCACCAAUAAGCCAUCCAAUGCCACAUCCUCCCCAGGCCGCAGGUACUCCUCACUUGGUGUAUAGCCAAGCUCCACCUCCACCAAUGACCUCUGCUCCACCACCAAUAACCCCUCCCCCUGGACAUAUUAUUGCCCAAAUGCCACCUUAUAUGAAUCAUCCUCCUCCAGGACCUCCCCCACCUCAGCAUGGUGGUCCACCUGUAACUGCACCCCCUCCUCACCAUUACAAUCCUAACUCUUUACCCCAGUUUACUGAAGAUCAAGGAACUCUGAGUCCUCCAUUUACACAACCAGGAGGAAUGAGUCCUAGUAUAUGGCCUGCACCAAGAGGGCCACCACCACCUCCACGAAUGCAGGGCCCGCCUUCUCAAACCCCUCUUCCUGGACCACAUCAUCCAGAUCAGACAAGAUACAGGCCGUAUUACCAAUGAUAAUAGUGUUUUGAACUGAAGAUAUAACAAGGAAAAAAACGUUAGUCAAUCUUUUAAUUAAGCUUUGACUGUUUGGGGAAGGAAAAAAUUACCUCUUCUGAGGUGGCUAUAAAAAACACAUAAAGUCUUGUCUCUUAAGAUGGUUUUAAAUCUUGACCUUAGGAUUGAUUUCAAGUACUAUACUGUAGUGCAGAUAAGUGGCUCAGUUGAACACAACUGUAUUUGAACAACUGUUACUUUAGUGUGGUAAAUUGACCCAGAAGUGACCAUUUGUAAAAAAUUUGAAAAAAUUUCAUUGUUCCAGUUUCAAAAGUAUUGCUUUUAUUAAACCUAAUGUUUAGUUUUUCUUGUGAUACAUUUUGUUAACCUGUGUAAAAGGAUUAAAUUUCAACAUGGUUGUAAAAAAUGCUAUUUUUAUGACAAUUUAAGUGCAGCCAAGUACUGUUUUUUAAAACCAUGCGUUUUACCACUAAUGUCCCAAAGUUACAAUAAAAUCUUAAAAGUAAAAUCUACUAAAAUUGUUAUCAGGCAGACUGUUAAAAUGAUAGAGAAUUAUUUCCCAUUUUAGGCACUGAAAUUUUGAGGUAUGGUAAUUAAUUGUAUGAUGUGCUUCACUUGGAUGCCUUUUCCUGUUUAGACAGCCUCAGGAGCACCCAAAUACAUUAGAGUGCCAAUAGCGGUAUAUGUGUUUGUCAUAUUACAGACUUUUAAUCAUUUGGAAACCUACAACCAGCUCUACAGGCUCCAGGCUAAUGGUGGGAUGCUAUUAUGCUUUUUUUCUGAGUGGUUGGAAUCACGUAAUGCAUCAUAAUAAUCUUAAGUAACAUUAUUUUAUAGGACAAUUUAAAUGAAGUGUGUUCUAUGUUCACUGCCUUAAAUUUAAGGCUGAAUAGAUGUUAUUUAAAUCCACAGUUCUUGGUAGUUUAAUUCUGUGCAUUAGUUAAGUUCUUGUUUAUUGGGUUAUAAACUGCAACUUGAAUGCUGCAGAGGAAUUUGAGUAAUGUAUUAACAAAGGCUUAAUCACAAUGUAUUAAUCACAAACUGGCAUUUGCUCAGGUUUCAUUGCUAUGUGAUAAGAGUUUUUCUUCUAACUCAAAAUUUUAAAACUUAUUUUUUUUUUUGUUGGUAAACUUGGAACAUUUUACUAUGGAGUCAAGAGUGAAGACAACCAGACAAUUUUGUAUUGGACAGAGGAAAAGUAAUAACUAAGUUGUGAAUUUCAGUGCUGUAUAAGGUGCCUUUAGAGUCAGCUUUUGCAUUAUAGGGACUUGUUACUGUCCAGCUAAGAUGACCACUCACAGUUUAUAUGGAUCUCAUAUGUAUAACUCAACAUUCUUAGGAUAUUAUUAUAUAUCCUUUGAAUUGACUAAACCCCUGUGAAGUUUUUCCUCCCCCCUAUAAAAUGGUGCAUAAUAUAAACAUAACUUGUAGUAUGCAGAUAUCAUUUAUUAGAUAGUUUAUAGUGUAUAAAUUUAGAACAUUUGUUUUUGACAAAGGGUCAAUUGAUCGCUAUUAUACCAUUUUAUUCUGUCAGGUACAGGUAAAACAUUCUCAUGUUGGAUGAUCAGAUGCAAACUCACUUCUGAACUUGGCUCAGAAGUAAGAAAUAACAUAAAUGACCAUUUCAACCUUGACUGGCAAAAAUAACUGAUAGUUUUUUUUCUUAAGCAAGUAAUUUUUCACACUUAGCAGUUUCAGAGUCUACCUUGUUAAUGUACUAUUUCUAGUGGGAAAUUCUUGUUAGAAGCAUGGGAGUGAAAUAGCGUGAUGUGGUGAGUGUUUCUGUCAUAUUACUGUAGGUACUUGGAUUGCUGCAAACUUUUGCCUUUUCAUGCCCAUUUCGGAGCUACUAAAAUAUUACUGCUAAAAUUCAAAUCAUUAUUUCAUAUAAAUAGAAAAUAACUAAAUUCAUAUUAGAUCUUCUUAACUAUUUCUAAAAAGCUCUCUUUUUAUUGACAUCUACUGGAAUUGAAUGGGGUGAGAAACCACUUACCCUGUAUUUUGGACCAAAAAAUCAGUAUCAUGGUAAAAUUCCACAUUAUGAGAAUUCUUACAGGGUUUUAAAAAUGAUUUCUCAGUUGCAUUUAAUAUAUGUUGUACAGGGAAGCAGAUCAGACGAAUGCCUUGCCGCAGACAAAAAAUUCCAAGAGUUGUUAGACUUGAAUUCAUCAGUUAAUUGUUUGAAUGAGGGUGGGUGGGUAGAAAGAUAAAAUUACUGUUAGUAUUUUUUUUUUUUUUUUUAAGGAAAAAGAUGUGAAUCCUAGCCUUAUUUCAGGGAAGCCUUUGAAGCUAUGAUGGACAAAAGUCUAAAUGUAUGUAUGUUUCAUUAUAUUGCUCUUAAGACUACUGAGGUGGCAGUUUAAUUCUUAAAAACAAUAAAAUGGAAGCAUAAAUACUAUUUUGCCUAGAAGGAUUUUUAACCUAAUGGUGAUACAUUUGGGGGAAUACAGAACUUGCUGUGGUUACAUUGAUGGAACAUUCUACAGGAAAGUUAGAUUUUCUUUUUAAAAGAUUACAACCAAGAAGCUGGAUGUUGUUUCUUUGGCAUAUUUGUUUAGCAUAUAAUACCGUAUUUGAAGAAAGAUCCAUUGCUAAGAUUAUAAGGAGCUUUACUCAUUUUGCACUGUAAACCUAUUUUCUCAAAAUUACAUAAGUACUAAUCAGGUAUAACUGAAAUAUAAAUAGAAAAAAGUUGAAUAUUUAAAAAUUCUUAAAUAGUAGGUAUUUACUGUAUGAGGUAUACAGAACUGAUUAAAAAAUACAUUUGGAGAGUUUUUAAAUGUUAUUUUUGAAAAGUGUCACAGUCCUAUCUGAGCUAAUAUUUUUAAAAAAGUACAUUGAAAAUUACAAGUACCUAAAAUGAAAACAUUUCUCAGAUUAGCCAUCAGAUUGAUUGAUAUUAAAUGAAGCUUGACAUAAUCAUACUCAAACACUGUUUUCUGAUUGAAAUGAAUUUCUUUAUUCACUGGUUUAUAAUUUGUUAAAUUCUGAUCUAUAGGAACCAAGCAGAAGUUGCUUAUAGUAAUAAUUGUGCAGUCUAAUAAAUCAGUAUGGGCUAUUCCAAGCUUGGAGAGGAAUGGAUGAGAAGCCAGAUAAAUGUUUUGAAGUACUUCUAAUAAAAAUGGAUUUGGUUUUUA